AUGACUACAAAAUACUUCUACUUGAUGCGGGUAGUGCCGGUUUCAGCAACGAAAACCUCGAUGCAGUAUGAAGUCUAUAGGCAUAAAGACGCGACGGAUGAGGAGUUUAACGAGGUGGAUGCGUUCUUCAAACAAGUCGAAUCUGAAGACAAAGGUCUAUGCAAUGUUGCACAAAGGAAUCUCAAUGCGGGAGUCUACGUCACAGGUGAUUUGAACUCGUUCAAUGAGAAGGGAGUGCUCUACUUUCAAAAGCUCCUCAAAGACGCGGUUGUCGCACACCGUGAGGAGGAGAAAAAGCCUGGUGAUGAGAUAUGGCCCUCCAGGCGGAUGGCGGCCCAGACUGGAAUCCAGGAAGAGAUUGAAUUUUGUAAGGAUCUGUGUAAUUCUUAUGCUAAAGAGGUCGAGUGGUGA